AAUACAGCGAACUCGCCGAACUUUGACAUUUCACAUAAAUAACAAAACAAAAACAUUCAAAAUUUUAAUACUAAAUCGAUACUCGAUCAACUCAGACUUCAGUUAAUUUAUAAAUAAGAAAUGGAUAACCUUGACCUCCCUCCAAAGGUUCUACAAGCAUUACAAAAGCUGGAAAUAACAACGUCAAUUACGUCUGUUCUAGAAAUGUCUGUACCUGAACUUGUUAAAACAACCAAACUAUCGGAGCAUGAGGUUGAAAUGCUGAAGAAAGCUGUUUCUGAAAGAGUUUAUACACGUCCUAGGUUUGUUACUGCUUACGAUUUCUACUUAAUUCGUUGUAAACUGAGCCUUGGAUGUCCAAUUCUAGACGAGUAUCUUAGCGGUGGCAUCCGUCCCGAAGGUAUCACGGAAAUUUACGGUGAAAGUGCCUGUGGAAAGACUCAAGUUUGCCUCCAGUUAUGUUUGAUGGUACAGUUACCGUUGAAACUCGGGGGGCUAGAGGGUGGCGCUGUGUAUAUAUGUACUGAAGAUAAAUUUCCUGCCAAACGACUAGAGCAGAUGAAACCGCAGUUUAAACAACAAUAUCGAGAGUUUUUAAGAGAUACCAAUGUCGGAGACAACAUCUUUGUCAAGCAUGUUGUUGAUGUGAAAGGAUUGAUUGACAUCUUAGACAACAAGUUACCAGUAUUGAUGAAGCGUACAAAAGUGAAGCUUCUUGUCAUAGAUUCUAUCACAGCUUUAUUUCGUGUGGAAUAUUCAAUGGAUGAGAUGUACGAAAGAGCACAAGUUUUAAAUAGAAUUGGAGCUCGAUUAGUACAACUGAGUCACAAAAAUAACAUGCCAGUCGUCUGUGUGAAUCAGGUAUAGUUGCUUGGAGAGGCCUAAAAAAUACCUGUGGUUCCGAUUUCAUAUCGUGAAAAAAUUAGGGUCAGUAGGUCGGAAAUAAAUUUUUUUAAAAUAUUUUUUUCAUGGUUUUGGCGUUUUUUUGCUGGGUGAUUUGCAGUAGAGCCCGACAUCAAUAUUAAUCAGUGGCGUAACAAACUCGAUAAUUGGGGGGGGGGGGCAAUAUUCAUAUUUUCGUGUUCACAGACCUUGAAAACAAUUGAUUUCAAAAGAAAUUAAUAAGGCAGAACACGAAUAUAUGAAUAUUGGCCCCCCCAAUUAUCGAGUUUGUUAUGGCACUGAUAUUAAUUAACUAGAGAUGCAUAUUUUCUAUGGACAAAUUUAGGCAAUUUGGUUCAACAAUUAGUGUGACAACAGAUGCCAAUUUUGGCACUCUGUAUGAGCAGCCCGCAACCACCUGGAGAAAAUAGGGUUGCAUGGUCAAUUGCGUUGAAAAAAUAAUAGGGUUGGCAGAAAAAAUAGGGUCGGUCGGAAACUGGAACCACAGGUAUUUUUUUAGGCCAGAUGGAUGUUAGACUUGAUCCCCCAGUAUCACUGUAGGAAAAACUUUUGAAGAUUUACCAUGUAUACUAUCAAUGUAAAAACUGAACUCUUACCAUUAUUGGUUAUUAUAGAUUUCCCACAUGGUAAAUUGAUAAAAACCAUUAUGUUUAAUAUUCACCAUUAAUGGUACUUUCCUCAUGUGCAUGGGAAAAAUAAAUUACCAUUAGUGGUAAAAAUUAAACAUCAUGGUUUUUACCAAUUUACCAUAUGGGAAAUCUAUAAUAACCAAUAAAUUAAUGUAAAGUUCAGUCAAAUUUACAUUUAAAAACUCAAUUUUUUCUUGUGUAUGCUAACAUGGUCAUAUGUAAAAACUGGUAGAUCAUUCCAGGAAGAUACACACUCCUCCAGGAAGGAUAUUUGCACUGCUUGGAUCGAUUUACUGGGGGUGCAGGGGGAGGUGCACCCCUCCUAAAGGGGCCCUACAGUCAUUUUUUUAGUCAAAAAGCCACCUUAAGUAGGGGACCCCACAGAGUUUCGUUUGGCUGUAUCUUACAUGCAGUAUCCAUGAGUAUGAGUACUUCCGCACACCGGAAGACACAUGCAUGCUGUGGUGCACAUGUCAAGUAGCGACAAUGGGUCGUUCCAGAAAUGAUCCACACUCCCCCCACGGAGGGGAUUUCUCCCGUCCGGAAGGGGAGGGGAGACAAAAUUGUUAAUGCAAUAAAUGCCGCAAUAAUAGUAAAUGUAUUUGGACAUCCAAAGGGGGUAGGGGGGUUAACUUCCAAAUAUUUCAUAAUAUAUCAAAUCCAUUGUUUGGAUUUGGAAAGGCAAUUAUGAAAACAACAUUACAACAAUAGGGACAAAAUGAGAUAGUUAAGCUGAGUGUGAUUGUGAAAUUGUCAAAAGCCAGUCUACAGACUAUAGUGGCUUGCUGCUGCAGCUCUGUCUUGUAAAUUAUGCACAGAUUUGGCCUAUGGCCGUGCACCCUGAACCCCCCUACUCUGAGUCUGCAACUGGGUACAUACGGCCUGCAAAUAAUUGUUUUUCUUGGAAGGACAGAUUGUCCGAUCAACACAAAAAGUGGCCGGACAUUUAUUAGUUUUUCUCGGACAAUGGAUGAAGGAAAAAUUUUCAUGGUCUUUUUCAUAUUAACAUGAUGUACAGUAUUUUGGCUGGUCGUUAUGAUCUACACUGCAGUGGAUCUAAAACUGAGUAUAAAUCUAGUAACCUACCACCUGCAUUUUCAGUGAAUUAUGGUUCAGGUUAUACAUAACUUUAAUUUCUACCAUGUUAUAAGAAGAUGAUUUAUACAUAUGUAUUGUGUAAUUAAAUCUUAUGGCUUAAUGCAGCCAAGAAAUAAUGGAAGAUCGUGUGUCCUUUAUAUUUCUUUGAUUUCAUUAAUGAAAUUGUGUUUAAAUCAAUAUUUUGAGAUUGGAUAUAAAUAAAUCUAAUCUAAAUAUCGGUCAGUCAGAUGUCCGAUCCGAAAAAACUUUGAUCAGACAAAAGGUAAAAUUUGGCCAGACAAUUGUCCGAUGACCAGCACUAAUUUGCAGGCCAGAUGUACCGGGUACUUGUUCGCAUUCACCUUGCAACUGCAUGAGCCCUUUCCAUACACAUUUUCUGUUGAAAGAGAUGCACAAUAUCAUGAAUCACUUCAUUUAAUCCUUUAAGUGGGAAUGGAUCGAUCAUUCCGGAAAACAUCAAUACCUCGCCAGCAAUGGUGGAGAUUGGAAGUUAACCCCACUACCCACUUUGUAUGACCUAAUUAAUACAGUUACUAUUGUCAGAAACAAAUUUUUCUCUCCCUCCCCUCUGGAUGGCAGACAUUUCCUCUGUGGGAGGGUGGGGGAGUGUGGAUCUUUUCUGAAAUGAAUCAAUGCCCUGACGUGGCCUACUUUUAUUAUUUUACUCUUUCUAAUGCCAGACAGUUUUAUUGUUAAGAGGAGAGUGCUGCCAUUCAAUGGGUUAAACCCUUAAAAUAUCCUUAAAAUUUAUGUUCAAAUGUAGAGAAGAACCCUGAAGAAUUUCUGGAAUGACUUCACAAUAAUAUUGUAGCAAGUUUUUAGAUUGUGUUAACAUGCCAAUUUAAUGGGGCUGAUCCUUUGGGUUUUCCUAACUGAUCCUACACAUAGUUAUUAAUGAAUGAAUGAAUUAAUUAAUUAAGAACAAAGAGUGCACUUAAUUUUGUACUAGGCCUAGAAAAUAUAUUUCUUUUUCUGGAAGCAAAAUCCAAAAAUAAAAAUUUCCUGUGUAAGUCAAAUAUAAACUUCCUGCAUAUGUACAUUUCAGAGAGAACGUAUGUUUCCGCACAUUGUGAUAAUUAGCUUCCAUCUCGGUACAAGAUAAUUUUGACUUGCAAAACGCGCUUUUGUAAACAAUAGUAAAUUAUACGGCAUUCUGGUAUAUAAUUUAUAAAGAUGACAAAAAUUUCCUGCAAGACGUAUGAAAAUUUCCUGCGAAGACAUUUUGUUAAAAAUUUGCUGACACCAGUGUUGCUCAGGCGCUGCCAAACAUUUCCCAGCACUGUUUUGUACUGACAAUCUACAUUUGUCUGUAGUAGGUAAUAUGACUUGAUCACAGGGAUGGAUUUACUAGGGGGGGGGGUGCCAGUGGGUGUGCACCCCCCUAGCCCUGGCCAGAGGGGGUACAGGAGGGGUGCUAUUUUUCAUGAUAAAGCAAAUAAUUAUUAGAGACAAAAUGAGAUACAGUAAUUUGAGUAAUAACAUGAUGAUGUGAACUGUGAACAACAAUUACAAUUCAAAUACAGUAGUCAAGCAAGACUUUGCAGUAGUGAAGCAAGUUGAUGGGCGGGCGGCACGCAUGACCGAAACAACUCGGCACCACAGGCAGCAGAGCAACCCCCCCCCCCUCCCGCCACCCCUACCAGAUCAUGCUGGAUCCAUCCCUGCUUGAUCAGUGUGUAAACUCGUUGCACAAUCACUUUCAGGUUGCAGCAGUGUUUGACAGACCUGUUCGCGACACAAAAUGCAAGAUUCACGAUUAUGUGAAACCAUGUUUGGGGAAGACUUGGUCCAGUUGGGUUACAGUACGAAUCAUGCUGUUGAGGUCAACUGGUCAACAUCUGGCUGAGAGGCAGUUGCCAAAGGGAGAAUCAGACAACCCAGAACGUGAGCUUGUAGUUAUAUUUUCUCGGACAGGUGAUCAUUCACCUCUUGACAAAGCAAUGAAAGCAUGUCGUUAUACAGUCGAUGCUUCUGGUGUGCAUGGCAUACUUGUCAAGGAUACUGAUGACAAAUGUUGCAUAUGUGGUCAUGACUGAUGUUGUGAAUGGGGUCAUGUUGCCCCCCUCCCCCUCUCCCCAAGGGUCAAUGAACUCAUCCCGAUUGUUUACAAGAUUGUGAAGUUGAUUAGUUAAAUCAACUCAAACUAUCCAAUCGUACUGCUUACUAGAAGGUGGGAUUAAUAAAGUAAACAUUAGAGAUGAUAAAAUAAUUGCCAAUUACUGAGGUCGAUUAUAAUGGUUUAUUGACCGAGCGUGAGGUCUGUACUGUGAAAUAUCAGACUGAGGUUUUUUAGUAUGGACCGAGCGACGAAGGAGCGAGGUUCAUGCAAGAAACAGAGGUCUGAUAUUUCGCAGUACAGACCGAACAAGCGAGGUCAAUAAUCGGUUUAUUAUAUGGCUGAACUGAGUCUGUGAGCAUAUGCUUUUCGCGCGAAUUAAUAUCGUCAGUUUCACUAUCGUCAGUUUCACUGGGUAACAAUAUACGGUAGGCAUGCAAGCUCAAUCAAAAACAAUUUGGUUGUUUGAAAUUUUUAUCUGUAAAGCACAAUUGGAAAUUUAAAAAGCAAAAAUUUUUCUGUUUGCAAAGCAAAAAUUUCCCGCCAGAUAAACGACAUCCGGGACACCGGUCCUGAUACGGAAAAUAGGGACCACGGUCUGGAUAUGGGUUUUUACGGACCGCUUGUCAACCAAUCAGAAUAGAGAAUUUUGAAAAGCCGUAUAAUAAUACCAAUUAAUUGACCAUCAUAACAACAUUAUUGGCAUCUACCUAUUAUGUUGUCAUUCACCAGAUCCGUAUUGUCAAAGAUUAGAUACUAUAAAGAUGUGCCACUCGACGUAUUUCCCUAAUGUUUGCGUGUCCGUAAUUUUCACUUACUGCCAAAAUGGCGGCGAGACUGAUGGCGUUGGAUUUUACUAUUUAGAGACUGAUGGCAUUGGAUUUGACACUUACUGGCAAAAUGGCGGCUAUAAAAAAAUCUCGGACAUAACUUUCGCAGAGUGGCACAUCUGUAUAGUAUCUAAUCUUUGGUAUUGUUCUCUUGAAAGUGACGUCACAACACUGUGAUAUCUGCCUACACAGAUAAAUUAAGUCGUCAAUUCAUGCAUGCACUAGUAGGUUAGUAGCGCUAAAAUAUAUUUUUACUGCCGCUACCUACUACAGAUUACAGUGAUAUGACAGGUAUUAAUAUUAAAUCAUCUCAACUAUAUUUGGAACUAGAGAGACACAACAACUGGAGCAGUUGCUGAGCUCCCGACAGUAUUUAUCGAUGGUUUUCUACGUUAUCCCCUGCUGGUGCAAAAUGGCUUAUAACAAAGGAAUAAAUGGAAAAUCCAUUAUUUUUUUGCUCUGAUAAGCAUCGAUACUUUGAAGUUGUCCACCAACAUGGCCGCUUUGGCGGAACUUGAAAUUAAACCACCAAUAAUAUAUAGAAGUGUUUUAAAAUGACAUAACGUGUACGUUUGCAUACAGUCCUUAACCUGUGGACCCAAGAAUUUCAGUAAUUCAGUCUUCGC